CUUCCUCUUCUUCUUUUUUAGAGGGGAGGGAAAUGACUUAUGGCCUUCGGGAGAGACCAUACCCACAAAGCCAGCAGAAAACCAAGUAAUUAAUCUAUCGAGUAGACAUUUAUCAGUUUCCGAGGUCUCAGUCCUUUCUAAAGGCUUAGGAUUUGUCCCAGUCACACAAUUUAAGGCCUUUAACUGGGUUAAGGAUAUAAAUCUGUUUAUAAGAAAACUCAAAUGGAGAAAAUCCUUUAAGACUAGUGACCGGGAAACUAGCCAACAAUUGGGAAUUGCUGAUGAGGAUUUACCCUAUGUUAGAACGAUGACAAGUCUCUUGAGUGAAAAUGAUAGGGUUAUGGGUCAAGGACCAUUCACUAAUUUGAGGUGCAAAAGCACGAAAAUGCCCCCCCCUAUAGAAUCAUCUAAUUUGGAUGUAUUCCUUGAUAUGGUAACUAGAGAAAUUGAAAGAAUACCCUCAUGGAAUGAACAAAUUCCCUCUAACCUAUCGGAUAGAGAGUUGACGGCUUUAAAACAACUAGAGCGUGAUUCUAGGAUUACAAUUAAACCAUCGGAUAAAGGUGGGAAUCUGGUGGUCAUGGACACAUGUGGUUAUAAGGAAAUGACACUAACACUAUUGCAGGAUCGUGAAUCCUAUCGGAUUAUUGGAAGAGAUCCUACUAACUCCUUUAAGGAAGAACUUGAGAAACUCCUUAUUAGGGGUCUAGAUGACCAUUUGAUUUCUGAUCAAGAAUGUAAGUACAUGUGUCCGGUUGACCCCCAGAUUCCCACUUUUUAUGCGCUUCCAAAAAUACAUAAAGGGGUUAUGCCCCUGAAGGGGCGACCCAUAGUCUCAGGAGUAAAUUCAAUUACUCAAAAACUAGGUAUAUACCUAGAUCAGAUAUUGAGAGAAUUUGUGUCCUCUUUACCAUCAUAUAUAAGAGACACUAGUGACCUUCUACAAAAAAUUGAUGGUAUACAACUUGACUCAGACAUGCUUCUAGCAUCGAUAGAUGUAGAGGCCCUCUACAGUUCCAUUCGACAUGUAGAUGGACUGAGGGCUGUCUCGUACUAUCUACAAACUAGGGGCAUUCACUUCCGGACCCAUAGCGAAUAUGUCAUCCAACUAUUGGAAUUUCUUCUAACCCAUAAUUAUUUUAUUUUUGAUUCUCGGUACUACCACCAGCUCAGGGGUACAGCCAUGGGGAGCCCAGUGGCUCCCUCGUAUGCAAACCUUACCCUGGGCUGGUGGGAGAGUACCAUAGUUUUUGGGGAGGAGGAUAGUAAGUGGAACCCACAUUUAAUUUAUUGGGGUAGAUAUAUUGAUGACGUGUUCGUAGUAUGGUCCGGAAGUGAAAAUCUAUUUAAGGAAUUUGUAGAGGGUUUAAAUCACAACCCCCUUGGUCUUAAGUUUACGUUCGAGAUUGACAGGGACGAAUUACCAUUUCUGGAUGUACUAAUUAGAAGAGGAGAGAAUGGUUUGUUGGAGACGAGUACCUUUAGGAAACCUACAUCGACGAACAGCCUACUUAGAUGGGACAGUUUCCAUCCUAUACCCCUUAAAAAAGGUAUCCCCACUGGACAAUUCCUGCGGAUACGUAGGAACUGUUCGUCGAUGGAAGGUUUCAACAAUCAGGCAAGGGAUCUGAGGGAUAGGUUCGUUGAACGGGGCUACCCCUCGGAUGUGUUGUUUACAUCCUUCAAUAGGGCCUUAACAUCAGAACGUAAAGAGUUGCUAACCCCGAAAAAUAGGACCAUUGAGGACAAUUCUGUUAGAUUAAUUGGUACCUAUGAUAACCAAUCAGAAAGGGUAAAGAAUAUACUGAAAAGGUAUUGGCCUCUUUUACGAAGUGAUCAAGAUCUUAACGAUAUUGUUUCUCCUUACCCCAUGAUUACAUUUCGCAGGGGUAGGUCUAUAAGGGAUAGGUUGGUACAUAGUCACUUUGUGGAACCAACCAGGCAAGGGACUUGGCUGGAUAGGAAACCACUUGGUACCUUUCGUUGUGGCCGAUGCAGGGCAUGUAGCAACAUCCAGCAAAGUAAGUCCUUCACUAGUGUAGUGACUGGAAGAGAAUACACCAUCAGAGAUUUUGCCAAUUGUGAUACUGAAGGGGUGAUAUAUGUAGGGACCUGCACAUGCCCCCUCCAGUACAUAGGCAAAACUAAGAGGUCCUUUAAGAAAAGGAUUAGAGAACAUGUUUGUGACAUUCAAAAUCGAAGAGACACUCCGGUGUCACUACACAUGUGGGCAAAGCAUGGUGGUGACACUAGAUGUAUCUCCUUUUGUGCUAUGGAAGUAAUUCGGAAAUCCCCUAGGGGAGGAGAAUGGGACAGACGCAUCCUACAAAAAGAAUCCGAAUGGAUCUUUAGGAUGCGAUCUGUAUCACCAUUUGGCCUAAACGAACGUUUAACUUAUAGCUGCUUUUUGUAGCUAAUUACAGCAUUGUCACUCCUUAUUAACUCUCAUUGCAAUUUAUCUAAUUUUUGUCUUGGAGGAGAUCCCGAUUGGUACGGGAUGCCUUCCUUGCUUACCGUUUAUAUAUAAUAAAAAAAAAAAUUUAUUGAAAAAAAUCACUAUCAUUUAGUAAAGACAUUACCCAUAAUAUCGUAAUCACUUUGUUUUUGGUGAGAAAAUACAGAAUGGACUUAAAAACUAUAUGAAACUGCGAGAAAUGCCCCUAACUUCAUUGGCUCGGUUGAGCAGUUAGUCUUUAAAAGUUAUUAUACUGUUUAUGUAGUCACAAUUGACACAUAAUAUGGAUGUAUCAUUUGUUCUCAAGUAUUUAUGAUUCCCUGUAAUUGUGUAAUAAGAUAUGUAGUCUUUAUUUUGUUAUACAAUGAUCUAGAUUUAUAUUGGUACUCUCUUUCUUUUUUGUUUAUCUAUACAUACGGUACUUUAUUUAAGUUCUCCUGUGCUGCGCUUAUUUGUUAUAUAGCACUAUCUUUCUUUCCAGCCUUCUUUUCAAUUUCCCUCCCACCCCUAUCUUCACUAAACUAUCCUGGACGUGCAGUGCAGUGAUGGCCGUAAGGGUCACGUGUUUUAUCAUCACGUGAUCCGAUUUGGUUGCGGCGUCCUUGGAGAUGUUAUCACAUGACCCAGUAUCAUGUGACCUAAUCUGGUUACGGCGUCCUUAGAGACGCUAUCGCAUGAUACGCGGCUACCGGAAGUGACGCAUUUGGCGUCCCGGAUAUGCGCGCGAGUGUGGAGGUAUAUAAGACAGAGGCUGGGAUACAUCUAGCCAUCUGCGACGUGGAUCGCCAGUCGCAGACGGACGUAUCAUGCCUAUGGCAUUUUGACAUGGGGGUAAGCAGUGGACUGAGCAUUAAUUAUUGUGGUGUUAGGAAGUAGGUUAAUCAGUUUAGUUAUUUAUUGCAGUAACUACACAUGGAUAAUGGCUGGACAUCUUAGGUACUGUACUGUGGUUUUGUGGACAUCAUAGAGGUUUCGUUACCUAGGUGAGGAUUAGGGUCUUGGGGUUGUAACAUUGAACCAUUUGCAUAUACCAUCUGUACUGAUGUUAUUUCCCUCCCCCUCCCCUGUUUGUGUAUAGGUGGCAUUAUUAUCUGAAUUCUUUACGUAAUAAACUGGAGGGUCAACCAGGUUCUUGGUGAUUGGACAAUUUCGGUCUGGAGUUAUCUGUAGUAAGGAAGCAACUAUUUUCAGGUCUUUAAUCCAGGGGGCCAUUGACUAAGCCUAUUUCCCCCUUUUUCUAUGGAGGAGCCCUUAUCGUAGGGUCCUCACUUUAUCAGUGACUUUAUCAGUGAUUUCGUCCUUGGCUACUUAGAGGUAAUGACAUAUAUAUAUAUAUGUCUUUAUGUUUUUUCUUUGGGAGCCUUUUUGAGACCACGUUUGGUGUAAAUUAAGGACUUUCAUCUACCUUAUUUUUCCUCUUUUUUGGCACCUGGUUUGUCAUUAAUAGGUACCUAUCUGUUUUCUUUCUUACUCAUCUUCGUUAUCAUCUUCAACACAUCCAUUAUCUACACUAUAAUCUUGACACUUUUUCAUGUCUCAAUAUCUUUUGGCAUGUGAUGUGAUUAUAUUUAUUAUUCUUGCUUUGCAAAUAUAUGUAGAAUGGAAUAUUUGUGUACUAAAGCUAAUGCUAUGUUUUAUGUGGUAUGUUGUGUCUUCUUUCUUUCUAUUCUUCUUUGUUUGUUCUCCCCUUUUUUUGCUUCCCGCUACAGGUUGCUACAUCAGUCGGAGGAUAUUCAAAUGAAGCCACAAAUAAGCCUUGCCAUUUUCUAUCUGCAUUUACGUGCUUUGCAUUACAUAUGUGCCUGCUUUGAUGUAUUAUAAUAUAUGUAUAGUUCUAAUUGUCCUUUUAUCCAUUGUACAUUAAGCUAUGCCUUUGUCCAUGUGUUGUACGUUAUCUAUACAUAUUGUCCCUCCAUGUCUCGGUGCUUAUUAGGUAUAUAUUUGUAUACUGUUGUUGCCAUCCCCUGAUGAACCGUUGUAUAUCAUAAGAUACACGGGGAAACGCGUUGGGAUAUACGGUUGUUCAUCAUAGGAGAGCUUAUUCUUUUUUAUGUAUUGAUACGAAUUAUUUGUAUUAUUGUUAUUGGGUUUUUUAC